CGGAUGCUUUCAUAUGUUACACCGGAACUUGCCGUACUUGACAUUAGAGGAGAGACAGGAGAUUGGCGUGUUUGUGUUUGUAAUGUUUUUCUGGUUUAAUUGAAAGACACUGUGCUGAGAAUAAAGAUGGCAGUGUGGACUUGCAGACUGCUCAGACUCAGUGAUGCGCUGGUUUACAGAGCCACUGCGAUUCUUCCCCGCACCGGAGCAGGAACCUCACCGUUAGGCAGCAGUGUCCUUGUCCACUGUGUGAGGACGGCCAAGACGUCGACGUGGUGGGAUGAGCAUCUGACCGCAGAUAAUGUGGAGUUCCUGAAGAGGGAUGUGGCAGAGGACUACAGCAGGCUUACUGCGGCCAAACUCAACCCUCUGAAGGAUGAACCUUGGCCUCGGCACGAGUGGGAGGAACAGAGUCGGAGGGUUGGACUCGUGGCUGUGAAGCUGGGAAUGAUGCCCAUGUGGACCAAGUCAGGAGACCGACAUGUAGUGACCAUGCUGCAGGUGCAGGACUGUCACGUGAUCAAGCACAUGCCUAAAGACGAGUACGACGGCAGGUCUGCUGCUCUGGUUGUUGGUGCUAAAAACGUCUCUCCCUUUUAUAGGUCAGUGGAGUACCUGGAGAAGUUCCAGAAUGCUGGAGUUCCCCCCAAACAGAAACUGACCACGUUCCGUGUGACAGAAAACGCUGUCAUCAAGCCAGGCACUCCUCUGUAUGCUGCACACUUUCGCCCUGGACAGUACGUGGACAUCACAGCCAAAACGUAAGAGCUCUACACUCUCUCACACGCUUACACACACACACACACACUCUUGUAUUUAGAACACACAAAAUGUCUGAAAACUCAACUGUACCUUUAACGAUCAGAGAGGAAAAUCCAACAAUCCAGAAUAAAGCAUCCUCACAUAAUCAUGAAGUAUGACUGAAAAUCACUGGACAUCAUAAGUCCAGUUCUACAGCAGAGUGCUGCUAGUGGAGAUGUGUUAGUUGAGUAUCAGCUCCGUCUCAGCUGAUGAUGAGAGCUAUGAGAACACAGUACAGUGUGACACCUUAAUGAUGUUCAGUCGAUAUUUACUGGUACAGGUGUUCCUGGUAAAGUGGCCAGUGGAUGCUACUGUAUGAGGUAUAGGAGUAUGAUGAACAUUUCAGUGAGUAAACUGCCUUUAGAAUAGAUCCAAAUAAAUAAGUGAAUAAAGACCAAAAUGAGUGUGUUCAGCUCUGAUGGGCUCCAGCAUGGAGUGUGAACCUGACCAGCACCAACCCAGUGAGCGCACAUUCCCAGUGAUGCAUGGUGGUGAGAGUAUGAUGGUAUGGCUGCAUGACAUGACCUUUACACAUGGCACUGUCACCACACACCUGGCAGAUAAGGAAUGUUCCAGCAUGAUCAUGACCUAAAGCACACUGCUAGAGUGUCUUCACAUCACACAAGCGUGUCUACAGAAGAAAACCCAUGACCUGGAUGAGGAGGAGGUCACCUGACAUGAGUCCAGAAGAACCAUGGGGUAGAGAGCACAAUGUCUCCAUCAAGGAGGACUAGAGGAAGAUCUCCAGGACAUCUUUAGAUAACAUCUCUCCAGGGUGUCUCUCUACAACAUUUCUCUAGAACAUCACUCUAAAACAUCUCUCCACAAUGUCUCUCUAGAACAUUUCUCUGAAGUUGAUUGCAGCAAGCUCCUGCUGUAAUUUAAUAACUCUAAACUCUUAGGCUUGCGUUUUCUG